UUCAAAGCCCGUCGUCAUCCACUUUGAGUCAAGCCCCUGCUUGUCUUUUUCCGCUUUUGCCCACCUGCUGCUUGUCCAUCAUUGUCAACGAGACGGACAGAUGCCCAGCAAUGAUUAUUUUUGUGAACAAUGGAUAGCUUGGGGGUAGAAUGAUUUGGAGAAUCGGCCCACUUUCGUUGGAACGGGGAACGGGGAUUCGGAAGCAGGAAACGAACGGUUCCAAGCAGGACAAGAGAAAAGAAAAAACUAGGAGCCCAAGGUAUCGGGGAAUACGCCAGAAUACUCUUCACUCACUCUUCACUCACUCGCUCAUUUUCACUGUAUCUGCUUCUGGACCUGCAUCUGCUUCUGCUCCUGCGUCCUCCAAGCACUUUUAGGUGACAUUUCACAUUCGUACAAAACAACACGGCAUAUAGACCAGACACCAGCCAUUACAUCACUUUUCUUUUUUUUAUUACUUUAGAUUAAAUACCCUUCCUCGACUGGCGAUACGUCAAACAUCACCUUGUCACACUCCCCGCUCUUGAUACCUCACCACAAAAGUGAUCCUAACACACAUUGACACCUGAGUACUCUCUACUCUUGUUCACUUGUAUCUCAUAAUCAAGUCAACUCGGGUCUCUCUCAUCCCAUCCUCUUUCCUCACAUCGCCAUCAACUCACCACAAAAAUGGCUUCCGCAACAGCAACAACCACAGAACAACCCCUCCUGGACGCCGAGCUGGCAUCAUCCAUCGCCAGCGUCGACCGCCAUGGCUACCUCUUUGGCCAAAAGAUUACACAUUCCCUCUCGCCGCUUUUCCACUCCACAAUCUACCAGGAGCUCGGCCUGCGAUGGGAGCAGUUCCGCCUCGACUCGUCCGACAUCCCACGCUUCCUUCAGCUCAUGCGCGACCCGCGCUUCUACGGCGCAUCCGUCACCAUGCCCAACAAGGUCGCCAUCAUGCCUCACCUCGACUACCUGACAGACGAGUGCCGCGACGUCGGCGCCUGCAACACCGUCUUCCUCCGCCCUGACCCGUCCGUCCCCGGCGGCCGCAUCUACUGCGGCGCCAAUACCGACGUCAUUGGAGUCCGCGAGAGCUUCCUCCGCAACGUCGCCGACCCGGAUGCCGUCAUCCGCGACCGGCCCGCCCUGGUCCUGGGUGGAGGCGGCGCCGCCAGGAGUGCAGUCUAUGCCCUCCGUCGCUGGCUGGGCGUGCGGGACAUCUACAUGGUCAACCGCGACGCGCGCGAGGUCGAGGACGUCGUGGCUGACUGUACGGCGCGUGGCUACGGGCAAGGCUUGGUGCACGUCUCGUCGGUCGAGCAGGCCAAGGGUCUCGAGUCCCCCGGCGCAAUGGUGCUGUGCGUUCCGGACUUUGCGCCAAAGACGGCCGAGGAGGUCGUCACCCGUGAGAUCAUGGAGGUCUUCUUCGCAAAGGAGAGGAAGGGUGCCAUUCUGGAGAUGUGCUACAACCCAACGCCGUACACCCAGCUGUGGGCUCUGGCUGAGGGUCAGGGCUGGCAGGUGAUUUUGGGUACCGAGGCUCUCAUCUACCAAGGCUUGGAGCAGGACAAGUAUUGGACUGGCAAAGAGGUCGAUGAUCUGCCAGUACAAAAGGUGACAGAGGUGAUUGCGUCUAAACUUGGUCAGAAGCCAAAGCUGUAGGUCAGCCUAGGUUGACCCUUGCAAUUUCAUCUAUUGUUUUUUUUUUUUUUCUCAUUCUCUUCUUUUCCUGUCUUCUCUUCACAUACCAAAGAAGCCACUGUUCUUGACAAACUGAUCGGAGGGUUUGGGAGCGGCAUCUGCAGCAUUUACAUCAUUUUCUUUUUUUUUUUGUUGUUGUUACCGUCUAGCGCAUAAUGAUAUUUACCAACUGGCCUGCCUUGCUUGUGGUAUACACGAAGCAUAAAAACAAGAAUCACAUGAAAUAAUCACACUCCGUUAUUUUGAUCUGGUUGCGAAGGUUUUUGCUUGCAUUCCUACCUACGUAUAGGUACAUUUUUAUCCAAAAGAAUUUGGUAGGGGAAUAGACCAAGAAGAAAAAAGAAUAGAUACAACCACAAAACCACCCAAGGAAAAAAGAAGAUUACAAUUUAGCCCCAGCCUGAGCCUUCAACCUCUUUGCCAUAAACUCGACCGCAACCCCAUACCCAUCAACACCCAUCCCACAAAUGACAGCGACCGCCUUGUCGCUCAGGUAGCUGUGGUGACGAAACGCCUCCCUGGCGUGUACGUUUGACACGUGCAGCUCUACAAACUGCACCCCGACGCCCAGCAGAGCGUCGCGGAUGGCGACGCUGGUGUGGGUGAAGGCGCCCGGGUUGAUGACGACGCCGGCCAGCGGCAGGUCUUGGCGCAGCGAGUGGAUGGCGUCGACGAUGGCGCCCUCGUGGUUGGAUUGUACGUGGCGUAGGUUGACGUCGAGGGACGAGGCGAGGGUCUGGCACCGCGAUUCGACGUCGGGGAGCGUCGUAGAGCCGUAUAUUUGUGGCUCGCGAGUGCCCAAGAGGUUGAGGUUUGGACCGUUGAGGAGGAGGAUUGUUGGUUUUUGAGAAGGCAUUUUGAGGUUGUGGUUCUUGUGUAUAUAUGUUAAAUAUUUUAUAUGUUCAGUUUGUCGGAG